AUUUGCUCCCUGCCUGGGCUUGACCAUCCACGUGCUCAACCUCCCUUCCUAGACUGAAGAAAAAGGGAAGGGGGUUAUUGGGGUGUCUGAGCUCCCCCCAUGGCGGCUGCAGAAGAGGAACAUCCCUUGAGGAACGAGCUGGUCAUGAGUGAGGACGAUGAGGAGAAGGAGGUAGAAAAUGAAGAAGCAACAAAGAAGCACCACCAGCUUGUGGAUUCACUCACUGCCUUGGCUGGAGCGAAGAGACGGAGGGCAGUUGAACGCACUGAGGCGAGCAGACAGAUCUCGGAAUUUGAUCUUUGUGGUGGAGGUGCUAGAGAAAAAGUUCUCCUCUCAGAACUGCUGCAACCAGCUUCCAGCUCACCAGCUCUGGGUUCCAUUCAGAAGCAGCUGAAGAAAGCCCAGAACAAAAAAGCCACCCAACUCCCACUGAGCAAGGAGGAGAAUGAGCGGGUGGUGAGGGAAGCUGCCUAUACUCAGACAUCUCAAGCCCUGGCUAAGUGGCAUCCAGUGGUGCAGCAAAACAGAUGUGCUGAGCAGCUAGUCUUCCCAUUGCAACAGGAGAGAGUGACUGUCGCGCCCAUUGAGGAAGUGAUAAAUGGAUGGCAGGCACGAACACCCCUGGAGCAAGAAAUCUUUGAUAUUCUACACAAAGGAAAGCAGCCAGUGAAGGACCCGCUCCUGACGCCACAGGAGAAGUCCUCGCUGCAGGCCAUGAGUCUGGAGGAGGCACAGUUGCGACGUAUGCAGCGCCAGAGGGCUCGAGUCCUGCAGUCCUACUACGAGGCUAAGGCACGACGUCAGCGGAAGAUCAAGAGCAAAAGGUAUCACAGAAUGCUUAGGAAGAUCAGGAAACGCAAGGUGCUGAAAGAAUUUGAGAUGUUGCAGAAAAGUAACCCCGAGGCAGCUCUAGAAGAACUAGCUAAAAUUGAGAAAGCGCGUAUUGAGGAGAGGAUGAGCCUGAAACACCAGAACAAGGGCAAGUGGGCCAAAUCUACAGUCCUCAUGGCAAAGUACAACCUAGAGGCUAGGCAAGCCAUGCAGGAGCAGCUGGCCCGGAACAAAGAACUGACCCAGAAAGUACGCCCGGCAUCUGAUAGCGAGGAAGGUGGCAAUGACACUGACGCAGAGGGGGAUCUUGUGCCAAGUGUUAUCAAUGAGAGGCCUGCUGGGCUGGAUCCAGACAACCCCUGGAUGUUGGGAUGGCCCCACGCAGAGCCCAAGGAGGACCUUCCAGCUGCACCAGAAGACAGCGAAGAGAGUGAUGAAGAGAAGGAGCCACCUGCAACUGAGGAGGAGACUUUGCUGCAAGGCUUUGUUGCAGGUCUUAAUGGUGAAGAAGCGGUGCCCAUGCUGACGGACGUGGUUUUACCAGCACCUCCAAGUCCUGUGCCAGAGGGGCCGCUCCUGAGUGAGAAGCUGGAACGGCUUCGUACCUUAGAGGAUAUGGAGGCCAUGGAGCCAGAGGAAGUCCCACAGGAAAAUGGAAUGCCAGAAGUCAACGGUGCUGAACUUCAUCAGCCUCCGGAAGCUGAGUCCUCGCUACACCCCAAGGGUGGCAAGACCAAGACCUCCAAGAAGACAGCCAAGCGCAAGGCUCUGAUUGAUCUGAAGGCAGUGCUGGCUCAGCCACUUCAGCCCAUGCAGUGUCCGUUUUUGCCUUCUGCUGUACAGGAUGAGCUAGAGAUGGGCAAAGACCAGCGACGGGUGAUCCAGGAGGCCUUUGCAAGUGACAACGUCAUUGCCGACUUUAUGAAAGAAAAGCGUCGGGCAGAGCAGAACAGCAAACCGAAAGUUAUCGAUCUGGUGCUUCCAGGAUGGGGCGAGUGGGGAGGCGCGGGACUACGGCCGAGUAAGAAGAAGAAGAGACGGUUCCUUAUCAAACCAGCAGCUGGGCCCCCAAGGAAAGACAGGCACCUGCCCAAUGUUAUCCUGAGUGAACAGCGCAAUAUUUUAGCAGCGGUGCAUCAGGUGAACCAGCUGCCCUUCCCCUUUGAGGACAGCAAGCAAUUUGAACGCAGCAUCCAAGCACCCGUGGGCCCCACUUGGAACACCCAGCGUGCUUUUCAGCGUCUGACAGCUCCUCACAUUGUCACCCAGCCUGGCCACAUCAUCCGGCCUAUCAGUGCUGAGGACAGUGAGAUGCUCUGCAAAGUGGAAAAGGCAAAAGCCAUGGGAAGGAAGCCGGAUUUGGCACUGUCAUUGUCACCCCGCAAUCAUCACCCACGCCACGCCUCGAAGAGGAAGGCUCGGCGGAGCUAAGUCCUACAGUGGCUCUGCCAUACAGGCCAGACUCCUUGGGCUAACUGGCGUUGUCGUCUUCUUAUUUUCUUCAUUCAAUUAUAUUGAUUUUCAGUAUAUAACACAGAAACACAUACAACAAAUGUCUUCGUUUCCCCUCCCUCCUUCCGUUUAUUCCCACAGAACAAAUCAGUUUAUUAAAUUCUGCCAGAGUCCAUUGAGUGAAUCAGGUGGAUGCCGGUCAUCAGGGUUAUCAUUUCAAAAACCCAAUGAAAGGAUGACAAGUUUCAGUUAAGUCAUCUAUGUCUUCUGUGCUGUUCAGUACUUCUACUCUGCUUGUUCGUUUUUCCAGUAAGGCAAAUUGUCCGUGCAUCUUGCUUCCACACACAAUUCUGUAAAUGAUCCAGUCUCUUCCAUUUCUGUGUCACCAAGUGGAAAGUGAAUCAAUUAACUGUUUGUAUAACAUCGUGGAACAGUAAGA